GCGAAGCGUGUUUAUUGUGCCACGGUGGGAGGCGACGAUCGAAGACGAGGUUGAGUAGACUCGUUUUCAUUUACGCUGUGAUAUAAAUAUGUCAGACAGCGGAGAGGAGCUAACGGCGGCUAGCUCGGAGCUAACGGCGGCUAGCUCACAGUUAAUGUUGGCUAGUUUAGAGCUAACGGGCGGCUAGCUCGGAGCUAACGGACGGCUAGCUCAGAGCCAACUGUCAGGGCUUUAAACUGAGCAGCAACGUUAGUUCACGGUUAUCCUCAUGCUAACGUUCACGGCAACAUGGUGGAAUAACAAACAGUCCACUGCUUGAUUUCAGCUCAGUUUCUAACGUUUUAACUGGUUUCUAAUGGCACGAAUGACAUGAAGCGCGGUGAUGGGAUGUAACGAAGGGAAUGUAAUCGAUUACAUUAGGACAGGGCGGAAAUACUUGUAUUUUACUUGAGUAAUUAAGUGAGUUUAUAGUUUUACUCCACCAAAAAAACCCACAAACAUUUCACUGACUGUCACAUAAAGAAAAGUCCCAGCGUGUGUUACUGUAAAGUUCCAAUACAUUACUUCUCCUGUUCGGAUCACUUCAAAAAUAAAGAGACAAAUCACUAUCUAUUUUGCUAAAAAAGCAAAAUGUUAGAGUUCCUUGAUUUCUUUGUCUUAUAUCGAAGAUUUAUGGUGUUUGGACCAUUUUCUAAUUGUAUUUUAGUGUUUUAUGGAGAAAUCAAUCAGCGGGUUAAUGAAAAUAAUCAUCCCUAUAACUAUACAAAACAAAGCAGUUUUGUUAUUCACCAGUUACCAGAAAAUCAACUGGUAACUACUUGGAUGUUUCCAGCUUUUAUCUUCUUGAAAGAAGGUUUCAGUGAUGUCGGGACCAGGAGACGGAGCUGGAGCCCCCUGACGACCCUGGGGUCGUUACCAUGGAGACGGUGGCAGAACCCUCCAACCCUGGGGUCAUUACCAUGGAGACAGUCGCUGACGGAAACACCUGUCUCGAACCUGAACAGUCUGCAGAUCCUGGAUCAGCCCCCCCUGCUGGCCCCACCCUGUCUGAUUCAGCUGCUGACACCUGGAUGACAUCACAGCAGCAGGCUCCGCCCCCAGCGCCAUGUCAGAAUCAGCUGGUCAUCCUGGAGCCACGAGGUCAGACGGUGCCCUGUGAACGGAUGGUGAUUGUGACGAGCCAAUCAGAGGGCAGAGAGGUGUUUGUCAUCCCAACCAAUCAGCUGGCUGUGAUCUCCUCCACCAGUCCAGCGGUAACCACGGUAACAGACAACACAACCACCACCACCAUCAGUCGGCCUCCCAGUGAACAGACAACAGCUGCCAGUCUGGACGUUUCUGCUAUGAAGAUGCUGCCCUCCGGCACCCCCAGCUGGGCUCGGAGACUACGCAGCGUUCAGAAGUUGGGAGACUCCUACAGAGGUUUCUGUUGUUCGGAGGCAGAGCUGGAGGCCAUCUUGUUGCUACACAAGCAGCAGACUGGUUGUGUUUUUGGGACUCGUCAGUCGCCAUCUGUGGACAAACCAGCGACCAGACUCAUGUGGAAGUCUCAGUAUGUCCCUUACGAUGGCAUCCCAUUCGUCAACACAGGCAGCAGGGCGAUCGUGAUGGAGUGUCAGUUUGGACCUCGCAGGAAAGGACUGCAGCCGAAAAAGAACCCUGAGCUCACUAAUGAGGUCACGUACAAAGCUACCUGUCCUGCCAGGAUCUACAUUAAGAAAGUUCGUAAAUUUCCGGAGUUCAGAGUUCCUACAGAGCCACCAGCAGACAAGAAGACAGUGAGACAGGAACAGGAGAAGGCCUUUCAGUGUCUGAAGAACCAGAACCUGGAGACUGGAGGGGUCAUCAGGUUUUACCUGCAGCUCCCCACCGAGAGAGCUCACCUGUAUCAUACUGUCGACACGCCCCACAUCCCCCCUCCUCCCCCUGAUCUCCCCCCUCCCACCAACCAAACUGACGAAGAGGAGGAGGAGACAAUGGAGAAAACAGGACAGCAGGAUGGACUGAUCCCGUCCCGUCUCCACCCUCGGGUGGCAGAGAGGAUCAGACAGCUGGUGGCUGCAGGUCAUCAUCAGGUCUACACCAUACGUAAACAGCUCAGGCGGUUUGUGGAGAAGGAGCUGUUUAAAUGUGAAGGACUACCAGAGAGACACAAUCUGAGGUUCUUCCCCACCAUCAACGACAUCAAGAACCACAUCCACGAGUCCCAGAAGGCCCUGGGGCUGACUGCCAGCGCUAUGGAGUGGACAGAGGGCAGUACUGACCCUCUGAUGGAGACUGUCACACUGACACUGACUCCUGUUGCUGAAGUUGUGGAUGGUGGUGACUCUUUGUCCCCUGAAGCUGUUCAGCUCUUCAGCUCUCUCUCCUCUCUGCAGCCAAAGAUCUUUGCUCAGCUGCAGGGAAUCCUUCAGCCGCUCCCUCCUCCUCCUCCUCUCUCGCCCUCCCUCCCCCUGGUCGUCAGUCCCUCUUCCUUCCUCCAGACUCCUGCAGGGGAGUCAGUGGGGAUGUUGGGUCCAGAGGAGAAGCUCAAUGAGGGGCAGCAGGAUGGUGGAGGAGCCCAGCAGGUGGUUCUACAGAAUGGACAGAACGUCGAGCUGCAGAACAUCAAUGCUACCAACAUGAGAGAGGAGGCUCUGGUUGAUGUAAACGUACCUCCAGCGGAGGUGAAAGAAGAAGAAGAAAAGGAGGAGGUGGAGAUGAAAGAAAUGGAGAACUCAAUUGCUUCAUGUUGAAUCCCCAGCAUUAAUAUCAUCACUGUUACUCAGAGUUUCUAUCUUUAACUCUAACAGAGUCAGUCCAGUUGCUACUUACUGUGAAACAUGUGCAGGAAGUUUGGGUUUCACUGAUGGUAACUUAAGAACAAAGCACAAAACUGAAUGUUUGAAAAACAGGGUAAAUUAGGAGUAAAAGUGUGGCUCUCUCCUCAUGGUUUAAUGGUCUGAAGGUUUUCUGGAGUCUACCAAAAAAUUAAAAAUAAAUGAAUAAAGAAAAUGUUUUAGUGCAUGUUGUCAAAUCAGUGUAAAAUCUAUGACACAAACCUGUAAAUGUGAAUUUGGUGAUGUAAAUAAUAUCCUGUGUUUUGUACAGUCUUAAUAUUUGCUCUUUGACUUUAAUGUAAAUACAUUGGUUUUUAUCAUCUUAUGUUAUUUGUUUUUCUUUGCUUGAGAAACUGCUUCAGUCGGUUUAACAGUGAUUCCAAAGUGAUCAGCAGGAGAUAAUCUGUCUUUAAUUAUACAUUCAGAGUAUUCAGUCCAUGAUGAUUUGAUCAGUUUCUCAUAAAAAGAUCCUUUUAACAUUAAAACAAUAUAUUUGUCACGUUA